ACCCUCCCUUCUGGCAGAGUCAGUCUCAGGUAAAAGCAAUUCCACCAAUUUCAGAUAUAAACUUCGUAUGAAGUAACAGAUCCGUCCUCUGGCUGCACUUUUGCGAAGCUCCAAAUCAUCGCCGGAAAUGAAGACCAGGGACGUCUGGCUAUACAUCUCGAUUUUAAUCUAUUUAGCUUCAGAUGUUUCCGCUGAUUCGAUCCACGGUUGUGGCGGAUUCGUCGAGGCUAGUUCGUCCCUGAUUAAGUCGAGGAAGCCUUCUGAUUCCAAAUUGGAUUAUUCUCACGUCACGGUUGAGCUUCGGACAGUAGAUGGAUUGGUGAAGGACAGAACUCAGUGUGCUCCAAACGGUUACUACUUCAUUCCAGUAUAUGACAAGGGUUCCUUUGUAAUUAAAAUCAAUGGGCCAGAAGGAUGGUCAUGGGACCCAGAAAAAGUUCCUGUUGUUGUUGAUGAUACUGGCUGCAAUCGCAAUGAAGAUAUUAACUUCCGAUUCACAGGGUUCACUUUAUCGGGUAGAAUUGUGGGAGCAGUAGGUGGAGAGAGCUGUUCUGUUAAAAAUGGGGGUCCUUCAAAUGUAAAUGUCGAACUGUUGUCUCCCAGCGAUGAUCUCAUUUCUUCAGUUGCAACGUCACCUACAGGGAGUUACUUGUUCAAUAAUGUUAUUCCAGGAAAAUACAAAAUUCGUGCCUCACAUCCUGAUCUAAAAGUGGAAGUUAAAGGUUCCACAGAGGUAGAAUUGGGUUUUGCAAAUGGCAUAAUUGAUGAAAUUUUCUUUGUCCCUGGUUAUGAUCUCCAUGGAUAUGUUGUUGCUCAGGGAAAUCCAAUAUUGGGAGUGCACAUUUAUCUAUAUUCAGAUGAUGUUGUAGAACUAGAUUGUCCCCAAGGUUCUGGUGAUGCCACAGGACAGAGAAAACCUCUUUGUCAUGCUGUAUCUGAUGCCGAUGGGAUAUUCACAUUUAAAUCAGUUCCUUGUGGGCGCUAUGAACUCAUCCCAUUUUACAAGGGUGAGAAUACAGUAUUUGAUGUUUCACCACCUGUUGUGUCAGUUUCUGUUGAGCAUCAGCAUGUAACAGUUCCCCAAAAGUUUCAGGUCACUGGAUUUUCUGUUGGAGGGCGAGUGCUUGAUGGGAAUGAAAUGGGAGUUGAGGGUGUCACAAUCAUUGUUGAUGGUCAUGAAAGGUCUAGAACUGAUAAGGAGGGUUACUACAAGCUUGACCAGGUUACAUCAAAUCAUUAUACAAUAGAGGCCAGGAAGGAGCAUUACAAGUUCAACAGCUUGAAGGAGUACAUGGUUUUGCCGAAUAUGGCUUCAGUGGCAGAUAUUAAGGCAAUCUCCUAUGAUGUUUGUGGUGUGGUUAGGAUGGUUAAUACUGGUUACAAAGCAAAGGUAACUUUGACUCAUGGACCAGAGAAUGUCAAACCGCAAGUUAGACAGACAGAUGGAGGUGGAAAUUUCUGCUUUCAGGUCCCACCUGGUGAAUAUCGCUUGUCUGCUUUUUCUGCUACUCCUGAGAGUUCUCCAGGACUUCUCGUUUUACCACCUCAUAUUGAUGUUGUGGUCAAAAGUCCAUUAUUAAAUGUAGAAUUUUCUCAGGCUCUUGUCAAUGUGCUUGGGUCUGUAACUUGCAAGGAGAAAUGUGGUCCAUCUGUUUCUGUUGACCUAGUGAGAUUAGCUGGUAAGCAUAAUGAAGAAAGGAAGUCUAUUAGUUUGACAGAUGGAAGUGAUGAAUUUCUCUUUCCAAGUGUUUUACCUGGAAAAUACAGGCUUGAGGUCAAACAUAUUUCCCCAGAAGCCUUGCCCAGUGAAGAUAAUUGGUGCUGGGAGCAGAGAUCCAUUGAUAUAGAUGUUGGUGCUGAGGAUGUUAAAGAACUUGUAUUUGUUCAAAAAGGUUACUGGGUCAAUGUUUUCUCAACUCAUGAUGUAGAUGCUUACAUUCCCCAGUCAGAUAGUUCGAUUGUUAAUUUGAAAAUUAAGAAAGGUUCCCAGCGCAUAUGUGUGGAAUCUCCUGGAGUGCAUGAGCUCCAUUUUGUUAAGUCAUGCAUCUUCUUUGGAAGCACACCAAUGAAGAUAGAUACAUCAAAACCAUCGCCUAUCUAUCUGAGAGCAGAGAAAUAUCUUCUCAAAGGACAAAUCAAGGUUGGGUUAAGCUCAGGUAGUGGUGCAUUCGAGUUGCCUAAUGUUAUUGUUGUGGAUAUUCUAAAUAGCGACAGCAGUGUUUUUGAUGGUACAACUGCAAACCUUGCAUCUAAUGAAAGUGAUCAAACAAGCACUGCUUUGUAUGAAUACUCUGUUUGGGCUAAUCUUGGACAGAAACUUACAUUUGUUCCUCGAGACUCUAGGGUUAAUGGAGAGAAGAAGAUCUUGUUUUACCCCAAAGAACAUAGUGUCUUGGUAACAAAUGACGGUUGUCAAGCUUCAAUUCCUCUUUUUUCUGGUCGUCCUGGGUUGUAUCUAGAAGGAUCAGUUUCUCCCCCUCUUUCCGAUGUUUAUAUUAAGAUUAUUGCUGCAGAAGAUAGCCAUAUCACAGUACUGAAGAAAGAUGACAUAGCACUUGAAACUACCACAGGAACAGAUGGUUCUUUCACUGGGGGCCCUCUAUAUGAUGAUAUAACAUACAAUGUUGAGGCUUUAAAGCCUGGCUAUUAUCUUAAACGUGUGGGACCUCAUUCUUUUUCUAGCCAGAAGCUUGGCCAAAUUUCUGUGCUUAUAUACUCAGAGGGAGAUGCUAAUGAACCUAUUCCUUCUGUGCUAUUAUCAUUGAGUGGAGAUGAUGGGUAUAGAAACAACUCUAUAUCUGGAACUGGUGGUACCUUCAUCUUUGACAACUUAUUUCCUGGCAUUUUCUAUCUGCGCCCUUUGCUAAAGGAGUAUGCUUUCUUACCUCCAGCACAGGCAAUAGAGCUUGGUUCUGGUGAUUCUACAGAAAUCACUUUCCAGGCUACCCGUGUUGCUUACAGUGCUACAGGCGUUGUCACACUUUUGUCUGGCCAGCCAAAAGAAGGUGUUUCAGUCGAAGCCCGGUCAGAGUCAAAAGGCUACUACGAGGAAACCGUAACUGAUUCAUCUGGAAAUUAUCGGCUGAGGGGACUAGUUCCUGACACGACCUAUGUAAUUAAAGUUGUUGAAAAGCAUGGCUUGGGUACCACUAGAAUUGAACGUGCAUCGCCGGAAUCGAUUCCUGUUAAGGUUGGAUCUGAGGACAUCAGGGAAUUGAAUUUUGUUGUCUUUGAACAGCCAGAUAUGACCAUUUUAAGUUGUAACGUUGAAGGGAAGAAGAUGGAAGAAUUUCAUUCACAUCUAUUGGUAGAGAUCAAGUCGGCCAGUGACACAUCUAAGAUCGAGUCUGUCUUCCCACUACCACUGUCCAACUUCUUCCAGGUGAAGAACUUACCUAAGGGUAAACAUCUCCUGCAGCUUAGAUCAAGUCUCCAAUCGAGCAGUCUCAAAUUCGAGUCAGAUGUUAUUGAGGUUGACCUAGAGAAGACUGCCCAAAUUCAUGUGGGUCCACUGAGAUACAACUUUGAGGAGGAUCAUCAAAAACAGGAGUUGACUCCAGCACCAGUAUUCCCUCUUGUUGUUGGGGUUGCAGUGAUUGCCCUUUUCAUCAGCAUACCAAGGUUAAAGGAUCUUUAUCAAACUGCAGUAGACAUACCAACACCAGGAUUUAUGACCACUGCAAAAAGGGAACCUCGAAAAUCAGCCGUGAGAAAAAAGACAUAUUGAAGAUCCUUUCUAUACGUGAAAGUGGAACGCAGAUUUGAGUGAACUUUUCAAGUUUUGGUCAGUCAGAUACCUAACUUACAGGAGACUGUUAGCACCUUUUCACACUAUCUCGAGUAUUUUUCUAUUCCUUCCCCCAACAUUCAAACUCUCUCUCUCUCUCUCUCCCUGAAAAUUUAAUUUUUCAUUUAGUUAGCAGAGGAGGAUUUUGAGCUCAUAAGCUACCUAUUGAAAGGAACUACGUGGCUGGCCAGUGCCAACUAAUGUCUGUCUUGGACGUUCCGCAAGUAUUGUAAUUUGUAGAAUCAGAUCCAGUUAGUAAAAAUAAUGUUUCAUUCUUUCCUUUUAUGGUGUUAA